AUGACACCAGGUACCCCUCUUUAUCGCCGGGAUGUUGAAAAACUUGACCGUCAGGAUGAUAAUGCCGCGAUGCGUUUAUUCUCCGCUGACACUCUACAGUUUCUGGGUAACCAGAAUCCUGAAUGGGUGGGGCUCGCUGUGUAUUUGUUCAUCUUUGGUGAAUUGGUGGAUGCAUACCAGAGCCGUCGAAUCAACCAUGCUGAGCGCCUUGCUAUGGUUCUUCGCGCUUGGUACUUCUUGAAAUUGUGGGACACCUUCUUGGACACUGCCGGUUACAAGAAGGAAUAUCUUCUUUCUCGUGAAUGCUUAGAUAUUACAAGGAUUCUUAUUGAGGGAUAUGUUUCACUACUGGUUAUCUACCGUGAUCAUAUGUCGGAACAAGUUCCUCUCAUUCCUCAUCUCCAUUCCAGUGAAACUUCCGUGCGACAAGCAAAUCUGCGUGCACGGGCAGCAAAUGGAAAAGCACGAGCUAGUGGCUACUGUCACACGUACUUUGAUAACUCUGGCCUGGACCCACUUCUCCUCGCAGUUUUUCCUGAUGACGAUCAAAUACACACCCGGAUAGUUCCCAUUGCUUUUGACGAGGCUGACCAACUCUUUGUAGCAUUGGGCAUCCAGCCCAGUCGGCUUCGAAGUCUUCAUUCCCUAAGGCAACGGGGAACAGUACAGCUUCCUACCAUUUCCUUUUGGUAUAAAGAGAGACAGCUAGACGAGGAAAUGGAAUUCGAUGAGGAUGACAGCUCGAUCUUUGAUCCUUUGAGUGAGGCUGAUGAGCUUCAACAGUUACUUCAACGCAGCGAAUCCGAUGAAGUACAAUCAGCAGGGACACAAAAACAGCUGGAAAUUAUCCAGAGUCUGAAUUACGCCGCAGCUGCUCUCCAUGUCGAUGAACAUAUGAAAGUGCAAGCCUUUGCAGAUCAAGUUGAAGAUGAUGAUGAAGUGGACGAAGAAUGCCUCGAACUUCAUCACUACUGGACGGCAAAUGUUACAGCCCCACCUCUCCAUCCAGUUGUCACCAUGCCGAGCAUUUUUGGUCAACAAGGGAUUCCUGUCACUGCGUCGUCUUUUGAUUAUUCCAUCCUUGUUGAUCUGCGUCGUGCGCAUCAGACAUACCAGGCAGAACAUGGAGUGCGCACGACCCAAUCAGUACAAGUACCAAAUAAGGAUUCUGCUCACAUGAAGAUCAUCAAGGCAAUGCGGGACAUCUUGAAGGAAACCCAGGAGCGCGGAUUAACGACAGGUCUUGGCCGUUCAUUCAGAACCAAGGCUUUGGGCUCGAAGGCAGAUGUCCCAAUUCAAAUGGGGAAUUCUGCAAAUGCAGCAGCGGUUGCGUCUUCCGAUGCAAAUGCGAUAGCACGAAAGCGCCGUGAAACUUUUACAAAAGCCAAACUCAACCGACUGAACGAAAUAGUCAAUGCCCGAGUGAAUGCUUUAGCUCCAUUAAAAGCUGGAGACUACGUUCUGGUAGCAGCUAGUCCCGCCGGAAAUAAUGACAUCUACCUUGGCAAAGUCUUGACUUCUUAUGCAAAGGGUGGUGGCAAGUAUGGAAAACACGAUGCUGUUAUUGACAGCAAGUCAAACAUUUCGGCGUUUUCUAACAUUGCAGUUCAAUUAUUUGAGCGGUCUUGUGACGGAGCCUUCAAGUCCAUCACCGAGGCAGCAGCCCUUCUUGAAUCGGUGUCGUAUGCUCUUCUCCCAUCAAUCCAAGUGCUUUCGCGUGUUCAGCAGCCAACCAUCACUGGUAGUGAUACUAACCUUCAAGCCCGACUUUGUGCAGAAGAUGAUGAAAUCUUCAUUGAUAUACAAAGGGACAAGACUAAUGUUUUUCAAGCAAUUGCAUUGUUCAAAAAGCGGUCCAAGAAGGAUGCAACCGAGGAUUUAUAG